CUGUGCCAGCCAUGGCCGUCCCGGGCGUCCUGUCGUGCUGCAAACGCUGCUGGCGGGCACCAGAAGUAAUCCAGCAGAGGAUCCACCUGUCCAGGUGAAUGGGAUCCUGGGGGGAUCCGCCUCUUUCCCUCUCCAGUUUCCUCCAACAAAACCAGUGGCCAGGAUUGAGUGGUCUUUGCGAGCUGGGUCUGGUCCAGAAAUACUGAUUGCUGAAUUGAAGGAUGGAAAACUGGAGUGGCAAAAUACUACGGACAGGUUUGGGCAGCGGCUGGAGAUGGCGGAUGGGACCACGCUAAGGAUCAGGGCCCUGGAGAAGGAGGACAGCUGUACAUUGGAGGCUCAAGUUUUGUUUCCCUCUGGAGAGAUUUUCAGGCACACCUUCCGUCUCUCUGUCUUUGAGCCUGUCCCAGAUCCAGAGAUACGCCCCCACCUGGUCUCCAGGACAGCGGAGGUGUGCAACGUGACCCUACAGUGCCUGGGGUCUGAAAAGGGGGGAAUUGAGGUCUCCUGGAAAAGGGGGAACUCUUCUGAUCAGCCGGGUGUCCCGGAAGAAGGUUCGGACACGGAUCUCCAUGUCUCCUGGCAGCCGGACUCCCUGGACUCCACCUUCACCUGCCUGCUCAGCAACCCCGCUGACCAGAAGAGCGCCUCGUUGGACUUGGCCAGCAUCUGCCGGAGUGAAGAUGACAGUCAUCAUCAUCUCUGGAACGUAUGGAUCCUUGCUCUUGUGCCUUUUGUUUUCCUGGUUGCAGCACUGGGGUUUUGGCAGUGGAAGAAAAGGCCAUGCCCAAGCGCUUUUUCCCUGACGAAGCCUGAGAAGAGAGACCCUUCCGAGUAUGUGGAGAUGCAGAAGAGGAGGAUCCCCCCAGAAGGUGAUGAGGAACAGGUGUUGCUCCCUUCUCCAUCUUCUCAUUCUGUGGAGGAAGGAAAGGAAAAUGGGCCUUGCCUGUUGCACCCACUAGGAAGGAAGACGUCUCUUCGACUCCUGAGCAGCCCUGACGUAGGGGGUUGGUGGCGGCAGCAGCCCUCCAACAACAGCAACCGGCCAAGUCACUUGGGCAGCGAUUCCAGGGUUUUUCCGGGCUGCGAGACACCCCUUCGACUCCCGAGUGGCCCUAGUAUUGGAUGUCAGUGGCAGCACCCCCUCAAACGCAACAGCGUUUGACUGAGGCAGCAACCGGCAGGGCGAGUCUGAGUGAGCCAAAUUUCCAGGCGACAGCAUUAGGGCCCAUGGGGAUCGCAACGGCCCACCAGCAGUGAGAGUGCUGGGGGGGCAUCUGUCUAUCGCUGGCAGCCCCUGGACGGUAAUGGGGGCUAGUGACAGGGGUUCCCACAGAAUGCAAAGGGCCAUCAUGCUUGGAACUAUUUUGCUCGGAACUGUUGUGCUGGAACUAUCAUGCACGGAACUCUCUUGCUUGAUGGUUGCGGCAACAACAUGGCAGUCGACUGCCACACCCCAUAGAGAAUGGAGUUCAACGUUAGUAUUACUGGAUAUGUUGACUGUGGGGGACGGUUGGGGUUGGUGCUUAAAGCUGUUAGAGAUUUUGAUUGCAUUAACUAGUUUAAUUAUUUGUAUUGUUGGGUAGUAAUGCUGCUAUAUUCUUAGUCAUUUAUAGAGUUAGUGUUAGGGUAGUAUGUUUAUGUAUUAAGCUUAGUUAGUGGCUGUUCUUAUCUUUAAGUUAUUCCUAGUAUUGUUUUUUGUUAAAUAAUUGUGAAAUACCCUGUUUCCCCUAAUAUAA